AUGCAGGCGCUCUUCUCGAUUGGCCCAGAUCUCCAGAAGUGCCCCUCAGAGGCACUUCCAACACUCCUCAAGUAUCUUCAUUCCAUGGUCCUUGGUCCAGUGGAAGAGUGCAUUUCUACCAUUGAGAACACGGUCAAGACAGCCAAGCUGUAUUGCCGACAGGCCAUCAAGCUGUACGAGAACGCCAUCACAAAGUACCAUUCGACGCCAGGCAAGCAAUGGCAUGAGGGCUCAGUAGAGAACCAGGUUGCACACUCUGUAUUCGACACCAAGAAGGAAAAGUGCAAGGCAAUAUACGCCCUCAGCGGGACACUGAAUCAUGCCAUUGCAUUCAAAGAGUCGUUUAUUUUGGAAAAGACAGUCAUUUAUUUGAGGGCGCUCAACAGCUGGCUAUCAUCAGGGGCCAAACUGUCAAGUCUCGAGUCGGCCUUUGCUGGAUUGUCAACAGAGACAUACUUUGCACGGUUUUCACGCUCUCUUGGACUUCCUGUAUCUCUUCGCGAUCUUGAGACGCUGGAUCCUAUUAUACCCACUCCUGGCCAAAAGGCUGGCUAUCUCUUCCACAGGAACAGGAACGGCGAAUGGAGCAGGCAGUAUUUUUACAUCCUUCCAAAGGGCAUGCUGAUGCAGUUCACCAAAGGAAAGGACAUCCAAGUAGCCAACCUGAACCAGACACUCUUACGGACAAUCAACGUGGACUCGAGGGACUAUGUGUUCGAAAUUUGUUCGAUCGAAGUGUAUCUCAUGGAAUCAAUAUUGCAAGCGUCAACAAAAAUCGAGUUUGAGGAAUGGAAAGCGGCUCUGUUCUAUUGGCAUCCUCCAGAUGACGACAUACCCAGGAUCGACACCCUCAAAAUAAGCGCCCCUCCUCCAAAAAACAUCUUGCCACGUUCUCGAUAUACAAGUAUGACUGGCCGGACAUCAGAACAAGGGACCAGCGCACCAAAACCGCGCGUCUCUGUGGAAUUCCCAGUCGUCAUCAAGGGCGAGUUGUUUGUAUUAGAUCUAAGGUCGAAACCGAUGAAUGCUCAGAACAAGGUCGGCACAUGGAAACGGAUACACUGCUGCCUUCGCUCAAACGGACACUUUGCUCAAUACAACAUUGGAGAGACAGAAAAGCCAUUCGAGACGAUACCGUUGGCAGAGACUCUUCGGACACACAUCUGGCCGUUGGAUGGGAGCCUGUUCUCCAAGAAGCACUGCUUCUCAAUAAAGGCGCCCCACGACGUCAACUACUACUCGGUCUCGUUGAAGCGGUCAAGCACGGACCAGGAAACAUUCAACACUUGGCUCUACGCUCUCAAGUCCUAUGCCAAACCCGAGAUCUUUGGAGCAAAUGAAUCGUUGGAGUAUCGACUAUACAGAACCUUUUGGAUCAUUGUCAACGACGGACGGAGGCUCCCCAAGGAUCUGGAAGCCUACUGUGAGAUCAUGCUGGAUGACCAGCGGAGAGCCCGAACUAGCACGCGGACAAAGGCUCCCAAAGGCGCAGAAACCGAUUCCCCCUUCUGGCGCGAUAGCUUCGAGUUCACGGAUUUGGCAGAGUUCACUAAGGGAAUCACGAUCAAUGUUAUCCAGGCAAAAGGGAGCAAGCUGAUCCCAUUUGGGAGGACCGACAUCCCUGUGCGGAACAGCGAGGACUGCGACGAGGGCUGGUAUCCGAUCAUGCACAUGAACGACCGGACCCGUUCUGCGGAGCAUUUGGGCGACUUGAGACUCAAGCUCAAGUACGAAGAGCAGAUCGUCCUCCCUUUGGUCAACUACGAAGUGAUCCUGGACAUCAUUGUCAACUUUAGGGAGAACAAUGUCAUUUCAAAGCUGGCUAGACGGGUCACAGAUCUGGAGAGUUUUUCGAGGAACGUGCUUCGUAUUCUGGAAGGAAGGGGUCUUGCCGUCACAUGGCUCAACACGUUGAUUGACGAGGAAAUCGCAGAAGCCAGCCCAACACGGAUAAACACGCUCUUUCGAGGAAACACACUGCUGACAAAGGCACUGGAUGCAUACAUGCGACUGGUCGGGACAGAGUAUCUGGACGACACGCUAGGAGACAUCUUGCGGAAUAUUUGCAAAAACAAGGUCGCAUGCGAAGUGGAUCCAUCUAAACUGGAGAAGAACGACGAUCUAAAGACUCAGUGGCGAAUCUUGAUGCUCCACACGCGGACCUGUUGGCGUGCCGUCACCGAGAGUGUCCAUCACUUUCCAAAGGAGCUGCUGAAGGUGUUCUCACAUUUGCAAAGGCGCUUGACAGAAAAGUUUUCGGAUCCGUCCUCCUCCUCCGCUAAUGCCAACGGUACGAAGUCUUCAGAGCCGGACCUGGCUGGUUUGGCGCGGUACACUGGUGUUAGUGGGUUUGUCUUUCUGCGACUCAUUUGUCCUGCGAUUCUUGGUCCCAAGCUGUUCUACAUCGUUCGAGAACACCCUGAGGCGCGAGCACAUCGUACGCUGACACUAAUUGCCAAGUCGCUCCAGGGACUGGCCAACCUUGUCACUUUUGGGUCCAAAGAGUCGUGGAUGGUUCCCAUGAAUGAGUUCAUCACUGAAAACACAAAGAGCCUCAAGGACUUUAUCGACCAGAUCUGCGCGUUGGACCCAUCGUCAGGAUAUUUGUCGAGCUCGAAUUCUGUCCGGUCACUACCUAUGCAACCACCCCAUUCUCCAGGAUCAACACACUCCUCCAUGUUCCGUGCCAAGAACGGCGGCAGCUCCGGUUCAGGCUCAGGUGGAGGUUCGGACGGCCUGUCAUUGGGACAGUACUCCAUGGCCCCACUCCCUUCUCCUAGUUCACAAAAUCGACCCAUCAUCCGUACCUCCAACAACAGGGAUUCGGUCCAGUUCCCGACGGGACAUGUCGACCAAGCGACGUUGGACAGGAGCCAUGAUAUGCCGCUGUUGCCGCAUUUGAUUGAUCUGGGCAAGGAGCUUGCGCAUUUCUCGACGACUGUUGUUCGUGUUAUCCCGCUGCCGAUUCAUAACUAUGCGGACGGUGGUGAUGGCCAUGACGGGAAGGAUGUUGAUGUUCUGGACAGCGGUAAUGGGGCCAGGUGGGGUGGGACUGCAGAUGAUGACGAGGAGGAUGAGGAAGAGGAAGAUGAUAUCCUGAGGAUCAUGUGGCGCGCUUGUUGGGAUGUCAUCGAGACUAUCCAGCAGCGUGUCCAGCUCAGUGUGGAGAUGGAGGAAGAAGAACGUCUUCGAGCUUCUAAUGGUGGCAACGGAGGAGGAUCGAUGCCACCGCCAUAUAGUAUGAACAUGAUGGCGAGGGAGGGGUAUCAAGAGGGCGAGGAGACGUACGUGGUCUAUGAGCAGUAUGAGGGCCAUGAACUUGAGAGUUUUGAUGGCCUUAAUCGUGGGUAUGAUAGUGAUGAUGAGUCCUUUGGGCGGCACUCUGGUCACGAUCUGAUCUAA